CCCAAGAUGGGAGAGGCUGCAGCAUGGCAGCAGCCGCAACAGAUGACUUCACUUUACAAGCAAGUGCCCGUGGAGAUACAGGUACACACAGCACAAAAAAUUCCAAUGAUAGAUUGGGCAGGUAUUAGGAUGAAAUUAGCUAAAGAAAGAAUUUUAUUAUGUGGAACAGGAGACUUCUUGGUGCCAGUGAAUUAUGAUGCACAGGGCCAAAAACGAAGAUGGGAACGAAUAAAUCAUGAAGUAGUCAAAGAUCUAGCAGAGGCCAUCAGAGAUAAUGGACUAGGAUCUUCACAUUUUAAACCACUUUUAAAACUCGCUUUCAAUAUAUAUGACUUAACACCAUAUGAUGUCAGAUGUCUUGCAUCAAUGAUCCUUAGAGAUACGCAAGUCCUCAUGUGGGACAUGAGAUGGAGAAGAGCUCUUGGUGAGCUGCGAACCAGAUAUCAGGGCGGAAAAAAUGCAAACCUCACCAUGGCACAGUUGGCAGGUGAUCCUCCUGAGGACAACCCGGUGCAGCAAGCGGAGAGACUUCCACGAGAGGUGUUGAGCGACAUCAAAAAAGCAGCAGGAAAGGCAAUUCUAAAAAUUGCACGAGCAGGAGUUCAAGACACCAUUUACAUGGACAUCAGGCAAGGUCUUUCGGAGUCUUUCUCUUCAUUCACAGAUCGUCUCAUGCAAGCAGUGGAUCAACAAGUGACUGAUGAGGUGAGAAAACCACAUCUACUCAAGGGCUUUGCGUUUGCUAAUGCAAACGAGGAGUGCAAACAAAUCAUCAGUGCAUUGCCACAUCAGACCUCUCUGGCGGAGAUGUUGGAAGCGUGCAGCAAGGUGGGAACUCCUCAACACGUGGCGUCCAUCAUGGAGGAACGGUUGGGGGAACAGUUAGAGGGACAGUUGGAGGAAUGGAUAGAGAAAAUGUUCCAAGUGCAAAAUGAAAGAUUAGAUAGGGUUUUGGCAAACUUUGAAAAGAACAGCAGUUCUCCUGGAGGACAAUGUUACAAAUGUGGGGCAUUUGGACACUUUAAGAGAAACUGCCCACAAAUGCCAAGGACUGAAAAGCCAUUGGACAUUUGUCCAAGGUGCAGGAAAGGAAAACACCUUGCAAGUGAGUGCCACUCUCAGACAGAUGUGGAUGGAAAACCUCUACCGCAUCCAGGAAACUCAAAAAGGAGCGUGCAUCACCAGCACAUGACGACAAAGUUAUGGCAAUAACACAAGACCAGACAGAAAAAUCAUCGGGGAACAUCAAGCAGACCCCCUCCUCAAAGCAAUCUGAGGAAUCCCCAGCGACCCAGAGCUGCUGCCACCAGGCGCACAGUGUACCCUGGCAGCUUACAAACUGACGUGCUUCAUGGAUGAGAGCCACGCAGUGAUACCCACUGGUGUCACUGGAACUUCACACAAGAGACAAGACUUUUUAAUAAUUGGCAAGGACCGAAGCAGUAUCCUUGGACUUGUCAUUUACCCCUCGAUCAUCUUGGCAAAUCAUAGUGAAGAGCUGACAGUUCUAGCCAAAGCUCUUCAACCACCACUGAUUGUUCCAGAAAAUACCCCGGCAGCCAAAGCUAUCAUUUUGCCACCACGUGCAGUGGAACAAGUCAUGCCGGUGUUUGAUCAGCAGGAAUUUUCCUCUGGCGACCACGUGGAAGCACACACUUCCUGGAUAAAACACAUAGGUAGGGAUCAACCCACCAUCACCUGUCAAUUGACGUGGGGUGAAAAGUUGAUCACCAUCAGAGGGAUUCUUGACACAGGGGCUGAUGUCACAGUCAUAUCAUACAUAUUUUGGCCCCAGGAAUGGAAGUUGCUUGCACCCUUGGGCUCUCUCACAGGCACAUGGGGAAGUUCCCUGUGUCUGCAGAGUGAGAAUGCAGUUGUUGUCACAGGACCAGGAGACAAAACAGUAAUCAUUCAUCCUUUCAUUGUGCAAAAGCCCAUCACUGUAUGGAGAAGGGACCUUUUAGCACAACGGGGCAUGAAAUCGGAAGUGGAUUUUUAGUGCGGAUCACUGCGGCACUCACCACUCUGAAACUUAUUUGAAAAACAGACAAUCCUGUCUGGGUGGAUCAGUGGCCCCUUGAACGAAAGAAAUUGAGUGCUCUGAAAAGCCUGGUCAAAGAACAACUGCAAAAGGGACACAUGAAAUCAAUGAACAGCCCAUGGAAUUCUCCAGUGUUUGUCAUUCAGAAGAAAAUCCCAGGCUCAUGGACACUGCUACAUGAUCUCAGAAAAAUCAGCAAGGUCAUUGAGAACAUGGGACUGCUUCAACUGGGACUACAUUCUCUCUCAAUGAUUCCAAGAGAUUGGCCACUUGUGACCAUUGAUCUCAAGGACUGUUUCUUCAGCAUUUUGCUUCAUCCAGAUGAUGCUCCUCGACUUGCAUUCUCCAUGCCAAGCAUCAACAAGGAGGAGCCUCUGCAAAGGUACCAUUGGAUGGUUCUUUCACAAAGCCUGAAGAACUUGCCAACUAUCUGCCAAUGGUAUGUGGUGCGAGCUUUGUCUCUGGCACGGAAAAAACACCCGGGGGUAAAAAUCAUUUAUUACAUGGAUGAUCUGCUCGUCACAGCACCAACACAACAGGAGCUGCAAGAAGCUUGUGACUGUGUGAUUGCAGAAGUGCAAAAAUGGAAUGUUGAGCAGACCCCCUCAGCAAAGCAAUCUGCGGAAUCAGCGUUUUUAAAAUUCAGGAGAUCACACCAUGGAAAUACCUGGGGUGGAAGAUCUUGGAGCGAACAAUAAAACCAUAGAAAAUGGAAGUCAGCUCAAAAGCCAGCAAUUUGCAUGACCUGCAACAGCCUCUAGGAGAAAUUAGCUGGAUGAAACCAAUCUUGGGGAUCACAAAUGAUGAUAUCCCAUCAUUACUUGGUCUUUUGAGAGGGGACAAUGUGGAGAGCUUUGUUCAAACAUGGCUUAUAGAAAGAGGCCAUGAACAUAUACAGCUGGUUAAAAAGUAAAAGGCAGCUGUAAGCAGCAAGUUCUCAGGCUUUUCCCUUAACAACAGUAAACACCACGUCCUUGAGGAAGUGGUGAGAAAGGCAUGGUGGAAAACAUGGAGGCCUUGAAUGAUAAAUAACAAGUCAAUAACAGGAUGAGAAAAACAAGUAUUAGUCUCAACAAGAAAACCACAGGUUUCAGCAACAAAGGAGGGGUUGGUGUGCAAUCUGUGGCCAAUGAUGAGCUCGGAUUUUGUAAUAUGUAUAAGCUUAAUUAACACCACUAUAAAAGUGUGUAAGUGGGAUCAAUAAAUUGGAGUUCGAUGCUCAUCAAUCGGAUGGUCGUCUCCCUUCACUUCGUCAGCACAACAACAUUAAAUCUCCCAGAACUCUCACACCUGAAGCACAAAAAGAACUAGAGAAAGUUACAGAGAUCAUUCAUCAGAAACAGGCACACCAUUUUGUGGAAUCACUGCCCUUCCAGUUGGCGGUGUUGGGGGAAAAAAUACAGUUUCAUGGCCUGAUUUUUCAGUGGGAUUCGUCUCAAAUAGACCCUCUCUUAAUCAUAGAGUGGAUUUUUUUAUCUUACAGGUCUCCAAAGACAGUCCUCAUGACCUGGAGAUGGCAUCUCAAAGUAUUAUAAAAGCAAGGACAAGGUUGCUGACAAUGUCAGGCAAAGAUUUUU